AUGUCUAAAGAACAAGAUCGUAGUGUGAAAGAAAUAGUACGUGAUUUAUGUACCUUUAAUCCAGUAUCAUCAUCUGAAAGUGCUCGUUUACCACAUGAUUUUAAUAUGAUAUUCAUUGGUCGUUUAACAAAUCGUGAACAUUUACAAAAGUUGACAAGAACUGUUGAUUCACGAGAUAAUUCAAGAGAACAUGCGGAAGCAACAAAAUCAUCACUUACGAUGAUGGAGACAGAAGAAAUAGAAUUUUAUUUGGAAUAUAUUACAUUAGAAAAUAAUAUAAAUAGUUUAUCAAUCGAUGAUGCUCAAGCAGCAGCAUUAGCUUUAUCAUUUUAUACAGGAACAAAAAGUGAAGCAGUUAGUCGUGGUACUAGUCUUGUUGCUCGUCAAGCUAAUGAACAAGUUAUUGAAGCUAAAACAAAAGAUGAAAUGAAUGAAACUGCUGUUUUACUCUUUUAUUUAGUAAAAGCUCUUUCAUAUCUUCGUUAUUAUUGA